UGGGGGGGGGGCUCCCGCGGCCCCCAGGUGACGCGCGGCGGCUAUAUAGCCCCGCUCGCGGCGCGGCUCCGCGUCUGUAUCUCUGCGUGUGGGUGUCUGAGUCUCUACCACGCAUGCAUCCGCGCGCGCGCGCCUGUGUUUGUGUUGCUGCAUCCGUCUAUCCGAUAGCUCUUGGGGGAGAGGGGGAGGGGGGAGCGGACUUCGUCCGUCGAAGUUGCAUGUCCAUCCGUGUCUCAGCAGCGCAGGUGUUAACGUGUGACCGUGUUGUUUCAUUUUGUCCGUCUAUCUUUCCCCGGUGCCUCUCCCUCUCUCGCUGUUUCAUCGUCAUUAGUGUUGCGUGUGUUUGUUUGUUUUUGUCUCCGUGUCUGUCUAAGUGUCUCUGGGUCCUGUAUAUCCCUCUCAGCGUCUGUACAUUUCUUGCCUUGACGUGCCUGUGCCUUUGUACAUCGAUGGGCGUCACCAGGAUAUUUCCCUGACUGUGUUUAAAGGUUUCUUUGGGGCCCUGUCACUCUGACUGCACAUUCAUAAUUGGUCGUUUGUCGUCCGAUCCAGUCGCAUUUUAUUUGAGUGAAAAGGCUUUUGAAUAGAAGGAUUCAAGAAUAUAUAUUCAUACCUUCUUCGUACAAUAUAUAUCCCACUCCUCAUUACCCAGGGCAUACAUAUGCAUGUCCUCCAUUGCAUCAAUUAAUACAAUCAUUGAGGGCGCAGGGAUUUGCUAAAGAGCAACGGAAUAAAUUGAUUCCCUAUCAAACCGAUAACCUGGGAACUGCAUGCCUUUGAUUCGUUCUUUUGAUUAUCCCUCUUUUACAUUGAACACAUGGUCGUGUGAGCACCUUCCAUCAGGCCUGCUCAUCCUCCAUUCGCUGCCCUGUCUCUCUGCGCGUGUCUCCCCGGUCGUCAUCUGCGACAUCUCCACGUGCGCGCGCGCGGCUCCAUCUCUUUGCCCCUCGGUCUGCCCGUUGUCAAUCACCCCCCCCCCCCAGCCUGACUUUGUCUGUCUGCGGUCGUUCCUAACAAACAAACAACAACAACAACCCUCUUCAAUCUUAACAACCACGCACGCACACACACACACAACCAGCCCCCCGGGGUCGCGCCCUUUCACCAGCCAUGGUGGAAUUCCUCCACAAUCUGUGGCACGCUCUGCCCUACCACACGCCUCACGCCGGGCUCGGCCCUGCCACGGGCGGCGAUGGGAACGCGUCUCUCGUCGCCAAGUUCUCCGUCGUCGUCGGCGUCGUCGGCGUCGUCGGCGGCGGCUCCUUGCCCUCCGACGCCGCCCUGACCACGGGCGCCAACUUCGGCCCGUCCGACCCUUCGGGCUCUGUCGACAGCAACAACGGCACGGGCGGCAUCGCAGUGGCCACAGCAGCGGCGGCGGCGGCGGCGGCUGCAGCGGCUGCAGCGGCUGCUGCGGACUUCUCAAUCGAGAAGCUCAAGGGUCUGGCCGCGAGCUCCGUGCGACAGGACGGCACCGUCAAGGCGCUGCUCAUCGUCGCCUACUCGGUGAUCAUCGUCAUCUCGCUGUUCGGCAACGCGCUCGUGUGCCACGUGGUGAUCAAGAACAAGCGGAUGCAGUCGGCGACCAGCAUGUUCAUCGUGAACUUGGCCAUCGCCGACAUCAUGAUCACCACCCUCAACACGCCCUUCACGCUGGUUCGAUUCGUCAACAGCAACUGGGUGUUCGGCAAGACGAUGUGUCACGUGAGCCGCUUCGCUCAGUACUGCUCGCUCCACGUGUCCACACUCACGCUCACGGCCAUCGCGCUCGAUCGAUAUCAGGUCAUAAUGCACCCGCUCAAACCCCGCAUGUCCAUGCUCAAGGGGGGACUCUGCGUCUCCGUCAUCUGGGUGCUGGCCACCGCCUUCUCCCUGCCACACGCCGUCUUUCAGAAGCUCUUCAGUUUCGAGUACAGCAAAGAACACUACCGGAGCAUGUGCAUGCCGGAUUUCCCGGAGCCGGCCGACGUGGUGUGGAAGGCCCUGGACCAGGCGACCUUUGUGCUGCUCUACGUGCUGCCGCUGCUCAUCGUCUCCGUGGCCUACGUGACCGUCGCCAAGAAGCUGUGGCUGCGCAACGCCAUCGGCGACGUCACCACCGAGCAGUACGUGGCCCACCGGCGCAAGAAAAAGAAGACCAUCAAGAUGCUCAUGCUCGUGGUGGUGGUCUUCGCCGUCUGCUGGUUCCCGCUCAACUGCUACGUGGUGCUGCUCUCCAGCCAGGCCAUCCAGACCAACAACGGCAUCUACUUCGCCUUCCACUGGCUGGCCAUGAGCAGCACCUGCUACAACCCCUUCAUCUACUGCUGGCUCAACGAGAGCUUUCGCUCCGAGCUCAAGGCCCUCGUGGCCAUCUGCAGGCCGCGGGGGGGGGCGGCGGCUCCGGCGGCGGCGGCGGCGGCGGCGGCGGGGGAGGCCGGCGGCAACCCGCUGGGCGUGAUUCCCCGCGCGUCGCGCCAGGCGUGGGCCGAGCAGAGGCCCUUCAACGGGCCGUCGACGAGCAGCGCGCGGUCCACGGGCAACCUCGUGACGGUCAAGACCGACCUGUCGUCGGUGGAGCCCACGAUCGCUCCACGUGCCACGUCCUUCGCUCGCUAUUCUCAAGCGCCGGGGUGAGUUGUACAGCGACGGGCGCUCCCCCGUCUCGUUCGCAAUAAAAAUGAAACGAUUCCCAGCCACUCUCAGUUCGCCGAUAGAGGCUUCUCCUCGUGCCACGUCGGUCAUGGGUUGUUUGUUGUUGUUGUUGUUUAAGUAUUUUUAUUUUACCAUACUGCUGUACUCACUCAGAUUCAGACUUUAUUAUUUCGGCCGCAGAUCUUUUUACGAAGAUGAUGACCACAGGCCAUGGCAUUCGGCAGUGGGGGCGGCCCCAGCACGCUGCACGUUGGGAAUGUGCAAACGAAUUAAAGCAGCAACACAGCAACAAAUAAUUGACAUGAAACCCAAGCCAUCGUAUCGUUAACAGGAUGAGCAAUACAUAAAUCAAUAAACAGCGCUUAAAAACAACUAAAAAUAAUUCAUAGUAAAGGUGUUUGGGUUAGAUCGCGUCAGUGUAAAUGUGUCGUAACGCUCCACCACUCGACACAGCCAGUAAGGGGUUUGUCACGUAAACAAAAAGUGCCAAUUAGUUAAACUACUUCAGCCCACCGGUGUGUUGGAGAGUAAAUCCACAAGAUUUAGAAAAUACGUGGAUUUACCCGACCGGUGUGCUUACAAUUGCAAAUGUUUUGGAGAGUAAAUCCACAGCAGUAAAUCCACAACAGUAUAUCUAC